GACAUAUUCAGGACACUGCACUUUAACCUCUAGCGUUGGAGCUGCUCGGCAGCAGGAGAGUGAUAGCGAGGCUUGGAAUGCAGACAGGAAGUUUGUGAUAAGCUAAUUUCCGGUGUUUAAGUUCUGUAAGAAGCUGGGGCUCCCCUACUGCUCGGGUACAUGUCUCCUCCAUCCAGGGCAACCUGAGGAGCCGCGGACACAGGGGUCAUCUCAAACACCGCUCAAGGGACAUCCUGAGAAUAUUCUAUGUGCCCACUGAUGAUGGACAAGGACAGGGAUCAUGUGACUAAGAGGAUAUUAAAGUUCACCUUGGAAAUCAUCUAUCUGCUUACUGGUGAGGAAUAUGGACCUAUAAAUAAAUGUGGGGAAUAUGCAUCACUUAACUCCAUUAUGGAUCCUCAAUUCUCAUCAUGUCCACUUGAAAGGAAGAAUGAUGAUAAGAUCCUAUACAUCACCAAUAAGAUCAUUGAGCUGCUGACUGGAGAGGUUCCUAUAAGAUAUGAGGACGUCACGGUCAGUUUCACUAUGGAGGAGUGGGAUUAUGUUGAAGAACACAAGGAUCUCUACAAAGACAUCAUAAUGGAAGAUCCCAAAACCUUCCUGCCUCUUGAGAGAUCAAGUAAAACAGGUACCUCAGAUGGGUGUGAGAGUCCUCUGUAUUCACUGGAUUGUACAGAGGAGGACUUUGAUAUAUCACAGGACAGCAGUGACAAACAUGUCAGUCUAUCAUCCAUCCCAGAAGAUGGAAAUGUGAUUGAAAAAGAGAGAGAACCAAGGGACCAUAUGUCACCCCAGAACAAUGAAGAGGAUUACUAUAUCUCAGAUUAUAGUGGAGAUGAGGAUGAGACUCUGUCUAAUGAAUGGAAACUGGAAGAUGAUUAUAUUUCAAAGAACUGUAAACGGGAAAUGGAGGAUGUCACAGAGGACUAUAAACAGGAAGUGGAGGAUGUCACGGAGGACUGUAAACAGGAAAUGGAAACUAUCACCGAGGACUGUAAACAGGAAAUGGAGGAGGUCACAGAGGACGGUAAACAGGACAUGGAGACUAUCACCAAUGGCUGUAAACAGGAGAUGGCUGAUGUCACAGAGGACUGUAAACAGGAAAUGGCUGAUGUCACAGAGGACUGUAAACAGGAAAUGGAGAAUCUCAGAAAGGACUGUAAACAGGAAGAACCCAAAAAACUAAAAGACUGUAAAUAUGAAGAUGAUGCUGCUAAACCGUAUUAUGGGGACGAGUUGUUAAAAGAUGUGAAAAUUGAGGUGGUGUCAGAUGAUGAUUGGGAAGAAGAGACCUCUUUCUGGGGUGAGCAAAUAAGGGACAUAAGGGACAUCUUUGCAGAAGAAAAUUCUGAUGACUUCAUCCCAGAUGUAUCAAGUAAUAGAAUAACUGCUGAGCAAUGCCCACAGAUGUUUUAUCCUCCCCAUAAAAAUGGAGAUGGCAGCGUAUCUCGGGAUUAUCAGCCACCUGUUUUACAUGGAGAAAGAGCAAAUAAAGGCAAUCCACAAGCAAUGCUGAAUUGUCACAUUAAUAAUAACGGAACAGCAACACUAAACAACAUUCAUGCAAAAAAAGGUGUUCGAACUUUUCCUCCUUGUCAAGUUGAACGGAUGCCACAGUUCAGCUUACCUGCUGGUCAAGAACAUGCCCAAAUGGGACAGCAGCAAAAAAAUAUAAACACUGCCAGGAAAACUACCUCAGAUAUUCAGACACUACAAAACUUUAUGAGCGAAAGGAAUGAAAAUAGAAAAAUUGAAGUAAUACCUCACACAGAGCUGGAUACGCUGCUCUCGAAAUUUAUUCUGGUGGUGAAACGCAAAGAUGGCAAUGAAUAUGAGCCUCACACUCUCCGCUGUAUGGUAGGAAGUAUUGACCGCUACUUGAAGGAACACAGCUACAACCACACAAUCAUUUAUGGAAACAGCAAAGAUUUUCCUCUUACGAAACAGUCGCUCAAUGCAAAAAUCAAAUUUCUGAAAACAAUUGCAGAAAGCAAUCCACCCAUCAGGCAGGAGGCAUUAACAGAUGAUGACAUUGAACAUCUCUACAAGACAGGGACUCUUUCCUUAGAUAAUCCAACAAGUUUACUAAACUUGGUAUUCUUUAAUAAUGGUAUUCAUUUUGCAUUACGAACAAAGGAGCAGUACAGCCUCCAGUGGGGUGAUAUCAAGUUAAAAAUCGAUCCGAGGGGAAAUCAGUACUUAGAAUAUACGGAUCGUCAAACCGAGAUGUUAGAGAAUCGCAAGAAUGUACGGCAAGUAAAACCCCGAAUAUACGCAACUCCACAUAUACCAGACAGGGACCCGGUAACGGCAUACUUAAAAUAUCAAAGCUUCAGGCCUGGUGCCAUGAUGACAUUAGACUCUCCAUUUUAUUUGGCACCAAAUGUCAACUACAAUCCAGCAUUCUCUGAAUGGUACCGAUCGACAAAAAUAGGAAUCCAGAAAAUUCGGGCAAUGAUGACAACUAUGAAGAUACGGGCUUCAUUGCCAGAGUCGAAAAAGAAAGUUACUUAUAUAACAAAAAGGAGACUCGUCGAAAGGUUGCCGCAGCACACGUUGGGUGCCUCCGGGGCAAUGGUGCCACCAACCCAACAAAGUAACUUACAUAGUUUUAACAAGUCAGCUAUGAUUGACAUGAAGCAACAUAAGCCAGCAACUCUUAUAAAUAAUUUACACACAACCUUGGCACACCCAUCACAGGAGAGAGUACCAACUACAAGCAGCAUCCAACCCCACCCUUCAACCAGCAGAUAUGGAGAAUUACCAGCGCAUAAAAGAAGCUUCUUGGCUACAGAGUUUGCCCAGCAACGUAACUCAAGUAUGUAUCUAAACAACUACCGAUACCUGACUUCAGAGGAACCUGCAAGAAAACGCAAACCUACUUAUGACUUUAAAAAAUAAUAAAAUCCCUCAUGUGGUACUGUAAUUCAAGACUCUCCGGCCAUUGGAAGGAACUUUUUUGAAAAAGCUGUCGAUUGGACUUAAGUUGACUUUUUCUAUUUUAGUCUUAUUUACGUGUUUUUUCUUAACUCUUUAAGCUCUAUUUAUUCAACUUUUUAACUAAGUUGUUCAAUGCUUAUUUAAAAGAAAUUGACUGAUUACUACACUUUUUUUUAUUAUUUAAUGUAAUUUAAAAUUGUGACAUUUUCUCAGGCAUUUAGAUUUUUUUUUUAUUGUAUUGUGAGUUGAUAAAAAAAUUUAAGAUUCUAUUUUUUUUCCCUACGAUUGGCACUUUGAGGGAAAGACUGUCCUGUGUGAACUGUAGAAGUCAGUAUCUGAAUGGGCUAUGAUAUAGGCAGCCUUGCUACAAUUUUUAUAGGGGUUAUUAAUUGGUAUAAAAAUAAUGAAAAAUGUAUCAUGUCAUAAUACAAUAAAAAUAGAACAACUGUUCAUGCAAAGCAGAGUAAAGGAAAUUUUGGCAAAUUGGUUCAGUUAAGAAAUACUGUAUAUGUUCACUUAACUUUUUAAUGAGGGACAAAACCUAGGUCUGGGUCAUUUGUGGAUGGAAGGAGG